AACUUUCAAAACCGAGCAUGCUGACGCUCAGCAGCAAGUGUGGCGGCAUAACAGGGCAGCGCCUUGCGCCUUGCCCUGCUCAACGCGCAAGACUGCCUGUCCAACGGCAGGCUCCCCGGCUCCACAGCCAACAUAGCCCCCAGCAGCCUGCAGAUGCUCUGAACGCGAUCACGGGGCGCCUGCAGCAGGCAGCCCUCAACUUGGGCAAGGCCCUGUUCGCCGCCGGCGCCGCCGCCACACUGGUGCUGGGCGCCGCGGCCCCACCCGCCGAUGCAGAAGCCGUGUUGCGCUUCCCAGUGGCCAAGGAGAAGCAGCUGUAUGAGAUCCAGAAGACGCUGGUGGAAGCAUGGAGCAUCGUGACUGAGACCUAUGUGGACCAGAGCUAUAAUGGCACCGAGUGGGACGAGGAGCUGGUGGCGGCGCUGACGUCUGUGGCGCAGGCGCCCAGCGUGGAGGAGGCCCGCACCCAGAUCCCGGCCAUGCUGGGCAAGCUGGGAGACCCCUUCACCCGCUGGCUGCCCCAGAAGCAGUACCAGGACUUCCGCAUCGGCAACGACGGCGCGCUGCAGGGCGUGGGCAUGCUGAUUGCCAGCGACCCGCAGAGCGGACGCAUGGUGGUGCUGGCGCCCAUCAAGGGCUCGCCCGCCGACCAGGCCGGCAUCCAGCCCGGCGACGAGCUGCUCAACGUGGACGGCACCAGCAUCAGCGGCCUGGACACAGACGGCGUGGCGGCCAAGCUGCGGGGCCAGGAGGGGUCCAGCGUGUGGAUCAAGGUGGCACGCCGCCGCACGGAGAUCCCCGGCGUGGCGGGCCUGCCCGCCGAGGGGCCCGCCGUCGAGUACAAGCAGUUCCGCCUGCGCCGCGCCCAGGUGGAGCUGAACCCCGUGUUUGCCACCACCAUGAUGAUGGACGACCACACUUACGGCUACGUGCGCCUCACCAGCUUCAGCCAGCACUCGCCAGACGACAUGCAGCACGCCAUCAGCCAGCUCAAGCGCGAUGGCGUGGAGGGCUUCAUCCUGGACCUGCGCAACAACCCGGGCGGCCUGGUGAACGCCGCCCUGGACAUUGCCAGCCUGUGGUUGGACGGCCCCGCCUCCGUGUUCAACGUGCAGGACGGCGAGUCGCUGGAGAGCGUGGGCCUGACCGAGGCCAGCAGCGCCGCCACCGACCUGCCGCUGGUGGUGCUGGUCAACAAGAACAGCGCCAGCGCCAGCGAGAUCCUGGCGGGCGCGCUGCACGACAACCACCGCGCGGAGGUGCUGGGAGAGUCGACCUACGGCAAGGGCAAGAUACAGAGCGUGUUUGAGCUGGCUGACGGCUCCGCCGUGUUUGUCACCGUGGCCAAGUACAAGACCCCCGCGGGCAGCGAGAUUGAUCAGAUUGGGGUGCAGCCCGACCGCGCCUGCUCGCCGCUGGGCAGCGGCGAGGGCGCCCGCCUGUCUUCCUCGGGCAUCCCUGUGGGGCCGGGGGCCAGCGAGAUGGUGAUUGAGGAGCUGGCCACAGACGACUGUGUUCUGACCGCCGAGUCUCUGCUGGAGAAGCGGGUGGAGCAGCUGCAGGUGGCCACCCUGUUUCGCGCCCCACCGCUGAUGGCCUCCUCCCGCAUCUAGGCAUGGCACACUGACGAGGUUUCUACGCUGCUGCGCCACCUGGCGGCCUCAUUUUUUCAUCCCUUGGCGCGCUUCUACUCUCUCCUUUCGCGCUGCUGUUGUUGGGAACUGCCGCCCCCUGUAUCACUACCCCACACUGCAUCCCGCCAUGCUUUGCCCGCGGUUCCCCUUCUUUUUCUCUGCGUUUGCUCUCCCCUCUGGCAAUUUGAAGAUUGAUCCCUUGUUUGACGCAUGAAUUGUUCGCAGCAGCUUUUCUCUAGUAUAGACGACUAUCUUCAGCAUCCAUCCAUCUAUCCCUGCCGAGAAGACCGCCCUGUGUUUACAUACUGUUGUUUGGUUGCCCAUUGUUCUUGCCACCUCUCCCUCCUUUUCUGACUGUGCGCCAGCCCUUCGGAUGAUUGUUGACUCGCUGCACAACACAUAAACCCAAUUACCACCACGCCGUUCUCCCCAUCAGCUGUCCUCUGUAGCCGGCCUGCGCUGGGUGGCUUGCAUCCUCCCCGACUUCUCCAACUCCUGUAUCCCCCGCUGCUGGCCUGUGCCAUAGACCUUCAAACGAAUGAUGCGAAUACCUUUCCCUGUAGCUGUGCGGCUGUCCCUUCCGGGCUCCCGCCCGCCUCAGCAGACCUCUGUGCUGUACUCUGCAUGGCUCGCUGUGCCGGCUGUAAGUGUCCAUCCUGUC